AUGUCUUACAACGAGCCCUCCAAGGCCAACGGCCAGGUCAACUCCAUGCUCGGCCAGGCCAAGGAGCUCGUCGGUUCCGGUAUCGAGUACGCCACCGGGUCCAAGGAGCCCUCUUCCUGGACCACCGCCGGCAAGGAGCAGCACGCCAAGGGCGAGGCCGAGAUCAAGGCCGCUCAGGCUCAGGGUUACGUCGAGGGUGCCGGAGACCGUCUCGAGGGCAAGAAGGACUCUAUCGUCGGCGCCAUCACUGGCGACAAGGCCCAGCAGACCAAGGGGAACCUGCAGCACGACAAGGGAGAGGCCAAGAUGAACGUCAACGGUGAGCACCCCCUUCUUCCUGCUCCAAGUUAG